AUCAUAGCUCCAAGGUUAGAGGGGCAUGGGGGCCACCAAGGUCAGGUCAGACAACUUUGUUUUAGGCGGUCCUCUUCUGUGACAGCCAACUAACAAGCCGAAGAGCGAGUGCCAUCAGCAAAGCCGAUCCAUUGGGCCCAAUCCCAAUCCCCUUCCCAUUUCCAUUCCCAAUACACUUGAAGCACACCACUACUAAACAACAUUGCAUUCUUGUAAACAUUUAACAGCAACCCGAACCGAACGACCUUGUUACCCACGAUUCUACCACAUCUACACAAGAUCAAAACGACAGACCAGCAUGGCAGGAGAUCCUCGCGCUCUGCUCCAGAAGGCAGACAAGGCACUGUCAUCCGCCUCUGGGGGCUUCAGCUUCUUCGGCGGUAGGGAGGAGAAGUACAUGAAUGCCGCAGAUCUAUACAUUGAAGCCGCAAACGCUUUCAGAGUCCAGAAGAUGAACAGGGAAGCAGGUCAGGCCUUUGAGAAAGCCGCCGCCGUACAAAUCAACAAUCUGAAGGAGCCCGACGACGCUGCCAACACAUACGUCGAUGCGUUCAAGGUGUACAAGCAAGAGUCGCCCGAGGACGCCGUACGAGUUGUCGACUUCUCCAUCCAGCAGUACUGCAAGAAGGGCAACUUCCGCCGUGCCGCCCAGCACCAAGAAAACCGGGCAGAGGUGCUCGAGACACAAAUCGGCGACUCCAAGCGCGCGCUUGAAGCAUUUGAGCUGGCAGCUUCAUGGUAUGAAAGCGACAACGCGUCGGCACUUGCAAACAAGCUUUGGCUCAAGGUCGCCGACGUAGCAGCUCUCGAGGGCGACUACUACAAGGCCAUCGGCAACUACGAGAAGGUAGCCACCGCCAGCGUCAGCAACAACCUCAUGCGAUACAGCGUCAAGGACUACUUCCUGAAGGCUGGCCUCUGCCACCUCGCUACCCAGGACGUCGUGGCCACCGAACGCGCCCUCGAGAAGUACCGCGAUAUGGACCCGACAUUUACCCAGACCCGCGAACACCAGCUUCUUGUCGACCUGACCGAGGCCGUCAAGGCUAGUAACCAGGAGGAGUUCACCGACAGAUUGUUCCAGUUCGACCAGAUGUCUAAACUCGACAAGUGGAAGACGGAGAUCUUGGUCAGGGUGAAGAACAUGAUCCAGGCCGAGGAGGAGGAUUUCUCAUAA